AGAGACAGAGACAGAGUGGGGUCGAGUCUGCUGGACUGAGUGGAGGAGGAUUCACAGCAUUACUGCACUUUGACAGGCGUACCCGACAGGUUUAUUUUUUAUUUUUGUUAAAGUCUGAAUGUCUUCAGCUGCGUUACGUCAUCGCUGUGUGCUGUUUUUAGAAACUAGCUCAGCUAGCUGAGUUAGCUUUAGCCACAGGAUUUGAAGUUUCCGUUCGCUCGCACUCAGACGACUAAAUAUAUAUAUGUGUCAAUAUGGCACAUAGAAAAGAAGUGUUUGAAUCCAAAGUACUCCAGAAGCUUUACCCAGCAGCUCCCAAAUUGGAGAAGGAGCCCAGCCCACCACGCUUUGUAGAGACCCUAGCCAAAAAUGUGAAAAGAAAAGCCUCUCAAGAGGACACGGCCGCUGAUGCAGGGAAGACACAGAGUGCAGCCAAUCUAGGCAGGCGGAUGUACACGGUUCUACCUCCUCCACCAGACUACAAGACGGAUUUAGAGAAAUCAGUCACACUCCCCCAGCUACAAAGUGUAAAUAGUGCCGAAGACCCAGCUGAGGAGAGCGUCCAUGAUAGUAAUGAAGACCAAGAUAAAGAGGAAGAAGAAGAGCACAAAAGGAGGAGAAGGAAGAGGAAAAGGAAACCAUCGCUCCAUCAAGACUCUGGGAAAGAUCCAGUGAUAGAGUCCAGCUCAGGUCAGAUCCAGAUGCCCGUGGAUGAGAGAGGAGAGUGCAUUAGCAAAAACAGGAAGAGGAAGCUGAAGAAGAAACGGCACAAAGAGAAGCUGCUCUCCACGGGGCUGAUGCCACGGACUGCUGCUCUGGAGUUCACAUACAGAAAAGAUGGACAGGAGGAGGAGGAGGGCGAGGAGGAGGAGGAGGAAAAUAACAAGAGGAGAGCUGCUGAGGUAUCAGACUUCCUCAGGACAACAAUGGAAAUCUAUAUGUCAGACUCCUCGUUGCGUGUAGACAAGCUUCAUCUCCUGUCUGGAGUAGUGGACGACCUCCUGAGCGGCAUAGCCAGUGGACGCAAGCCCGCCUCUGUUCUGAAGCAGCUGUACGCUCUUAAGGCCUUUGUUCAGCAGAAACAGACGGAUGAACUUGAAAAGGCACUGGAGAAGCUCUACAACACAUCUUCAAUGUCUGCAGAUGAAACCACUGCAGUUGUUUCACUGUUCCGGUACUGGAUCACAGACAUUUUUCCCAUGCAGGGAGACAAGAAGACCAGGCUUUCUACAGUGCACCUAUGAGGUUGUCAGUCAAACUGAAACAUAGACUCGACUGAUUCAUGACUUAUUUCCACUGUAUUCCAUCACAAGUUUAUUCCACAGUGUUGGAGCUUAAGUAAUGACAUUUAAAAUAUAUUUUUUUAAAUUAAAUAUUUUUUUCUUUUUGAUCUAUGCCUUUGUCUCCAUUCAUU